GGCCCCGUCGGCUGAGGAGGGAGGGACGCGGACGCGCACCGGAGACGCGGGUGGGCUCCGCGCAGAGUGGCGGGCUCCGGGGCGGAGGCGGGGAUGGGGGCGGGGGCGGUGGCGCCUCCUCCACUCAGGCGUCUGCGCCCGGGACCCCCCGGCCGCGCGGGGGGACGGACCGACUGACGUACCUCGCGCGCCCCCGCCUCCGUCCCCGCCCCCGCCUCAUCUUCCCCGAGCGCCCGGGGCUCACGGGCUGAGGCGCUUCUCUCUCUCGCCGCCUCUCGCCGCCCCUCGCCGCGGCCCUUUCUCUCGGCAGCACCUCGGAGUCCCUCGUCCCGGUGGCGGCGGCAGCGGGGACCCGAGCAGCGGCGAGCGGCCUCGAGGAUGAAGUGCAAGCCGAACCAGACGCGGACCUACGACCCGGAGGGGUUCAAGAAGCGGGCGGCGUGCCUGUGCUUCCGGAGCGAGCGCGAAGACGAGGUGCUGUUAGUGAGUAGCAGUCGGUACCCGGACCGCUGGAUCGUGCCGGGCGGGGGCAUGGAGCCCGAGGAGGAGCCGGGCGGUGCUGCAGUCCGCGAGGUGUACGAAGAGGCGGGAGUCAAGGGGAAGUUGGGCCGGCUCCUGGGCAUUUUCGAGCAGAACCAAGAUCGCAAGCACAGAACGUACGUGUAUGUACUGACUGUCACUGAGAUUCUGGAGGAUUGGGAAGAUUCGGUUAGCAUUGGGAGGAAGCGAGAGUGGUUCAAAGUCGAAGAUGCGAUCAAGGUUCUCCAGUGCCACAAGCCCGUGCAUGCCGAAUAUCUGCAAAAACUAAAGCUGGGCGGUUCCCCAACCAGUGGAAACUCCAUGGCCCCGUCCCCGCCAGAGAGCGAUCCCUAAUGAACAGCAAAGAUAUCCAGGAUUGCUUUGAAAGAGUCAUUGAUGUGAACCACUGAUGAAUGGAAUUGGCAAGUAUAGGUGAGCACUUCCAUGCUUCCAAGGAGACAGCUCAUCUGGUUUUCCUCCUACAUCUUGGGACACUCCUUCCCUGUCUAUUCCACUGACUCCUCUUGCCCUGGUGAUUGUACUAUUGUAUGUGAACAGACUCUUAUUCAGCACCCGUAGCCUUUUAUUGUGCUUUUUUGAUAUGUCUGCCUUCUCCAUUAGACUAUGAUAUCCUUGAGAGCAAGGACCACACUUCCUUACUCUUUGCAUAUUCUGCAUCUUAGACACUACUUGAAAUAUGGUUGGCAUCACUGAAGGUUCUUUGAUUCAACUCAUAUUUUAUAAUCACUACAUGGCAAAACGUUCCCCUUCCAAUCUGGUGCUAGUAGAGUAUAUGCUGUCCAGGCACCACGUGUGUGGCUUUUCUGUAUCAGGUGUUUCAGAAACUUUUCAAGGCAGUUGUAAGAUAUUCAAGGACAAGAAUUAUUACUCAUAUUUCUAAGGCAUACCACACAGUGGCUAGCACAGUUUUAAGAUUACCCAUCACUUAAGGCAACAUUCUGUAGAAUCAGUCCUUUAUGUAACAACUUCAGUGUUUUUGUACUGUUGUUAAUUUGCUUAAAAUUUUAUUCAAAAAUAUCACUUGCUAUAAAAGUAACUAUAAAAAUAAAUACAAUGAACAUAAGAUAAUGUGCUUUUUAUAAAAUUUUAAAAUGAUAUACAAAUAACAAAUUUAAUGUUUUUGCACUGCCCUAACCACCUCUUCCAUGUAAUCUUAACAUCUCUUUGAAGAAAAGAUGGUUUUUCUUAUUUUUCAGAUUCAGUAUACUGUAUUAUUUGAUGCCAGAGGCAAAAAGACUGCUAUAGGCAGUUUCCAAAGUUAAUCAUGCCUCUUAGCUUGCCUAGGUUUCUUUUGCAUCUCUUAGUGAUUCAGUUAGCCACAGUUUUCCUCCCCUUUUCCAAUACAUCAGCUAGCUCCUCAUCCCCCCUGGUUUCUGCAUGUGAGAAUGCAGAGGACUGAAAGACAACUAAAUUGUUGUCACUUGGCAAAGGCAUUGGGGGGAAAAAAAACUUCUGUUGGGGGGGGGACCGAAAAUGAAAGAUUUAGAGAGGACUUGGGUCAGCUACCUCCAGGAGAUCAACUUUAAGAAAAUGACAAAGGUGUUUAGAGGAAGUUUUAUGGAGUUCUGCCAUGGGGUUUGUGAUGUCAGCACUCUUCCCCAGCUCCCUACAAAGGCCCUAAAGUGGCUUUAAUAUGGUAGUUUUCUUUCUUUUGCAUUGUAAAGCAAUUACAUCAGGAAAAAAAUGGGCUCCAUUUGAGUGUUACACCCUUCCUCAUGUUAACAGUGAAAUAUAUUUAUUUAUUAAUUGUUCCCCCAACCUUUACAGAAUUUGAAAUAAAAACACACCUCCCCAACAUAUUGGGGUUUUUUAGGUGUGAUAUGGUACUGUG